CCUGCAUGGACGACUAUGGACAUAUGCUUGACAGUUGUCUGUGUUGUGAUGCGGAACAGGGAACAAGAAGUGAGGUUAUGUAGCUGAUACAUAGUUCAUAUAAUGUUAUAAUGGAUUACUGAUAUUCACGUUAUAUUUAUGAAUUCCCUUGUUGAUUUUUGAAUGUACAGUAUUGUGAAGUAAUCAUUAUCCAUACUCUGAUACAAUGGAUCUAUCUGAACAAUUUCUGACGUGGAAGAUGACUUCGGGAGAAGACAUAGAAUCUGUAUCAGAUAUGGCAAUACCAGUGGUGAAUGGGGUAGUACAAGAAUUUUCAACUUUACAACCAAUGACAAGCACUGCAAAUACCAUACAGAUUAUAACCCUACCCCAGUCUCCAGGACAAACAAUACAGGAAGUACAGAAUAUUCAAAUUGAACUUCAAGAUGUUCAGGCUCACGAUGUUCAAGCUCAGAAUGUUGCCCCUUUGCUUGUAUACAAUCAGCAACAGAAAGUACCGGAGGAAGAGGAAGUAGUACCGCGCAAAAAGAGGCUUGUUUGGCGCCAAAGACCAAGCAAGAAGAAAAUUACAUACACUGCUAAUAAGGGAAAAGUUCAGAAAAAAUCUAUGUUUAGAUUACCAAUUAAUGGUAUAGCAUAUCAUAGUGAGAAGUUGGGGCUGCGAAUGCCACCUAAGAAGACUGUUGGUAUACAAGGAGUGAUCCUCCAUAGACAAGCUAGAGAGGUUAUAAUGAAUGUAUACAAAUUCAUGAAAGAAGAAGCCCAAUCUGGAAUUAAGAUUCCAAUAUCAAGAUAUAGAGAGCGAGUUCUAGCAGCAACUGGGAUUUCAAAAUGUACCUACACAAGAAUAACCAGUAAAGAAUAUGUUUAUGGACAACCUCCUCCUGUUAGAAAAAAGAAAUGUGAAACAAGUGUAGAAAAUGCUCCCGUUCAGACAGUACAAGAGGAAGACAGUUUAUAUAGACCAAAGAUCAACAGAGAUGCUUCUACUAGGGAUGGUGUAUAUGAUUUGGAUGACGUUAUCCCUAAUGGCGUACUGGAUACGCUGAUACCACAAGCGUCUGCUGUUUUGAACAGUGGCGAUAGCGUCGAUGAGUACCAACUUACACCAUUUUGCACAGAUAGCAUAAAGAAAAUUUUAAGUCUGAAUACGCCAGAAGAGAUAAAAGUUCGCAAUAUAGCGAUAUUCUUCUAUAUAAAUUACUUGAUCAAGUUUAUGAAUACGCCAUUCAAAAAUAUUACAAAGAGAUACGUGGCGUGUGAUAUAUCGCAAGAAGUCAAUAGACAUAUUUUGGAUAACUUUUGUGUAUAUACACAGAAUGGAAGAACACGUCCAAUCCACAUGAAAGACAAAUGCCUGUGCUACAUAAUCGUAUUGGCAGCCAUAGCUAAGGAAUAUGAAGUUAAUGUAGCAUUGCUAUCCAAAGAUCUAAAAAUCGGACUCAAGAAAGCUGUGGAAAUAUCGAAGAUUCUUGCAUUUAAUACUUCAUCAAAAGAUAAAAGCAUUGUAACACUAAACUUGCCGCUACCUGCUCCUGUUACAUUCAAUUCUAAGAGAAAAAUGAAGUAACAAGUUAUAUGUGCAAUUAUUAUAUUACUGGUAUGUUAGGUGUACAUAUUUUCUUUACAAAUAAACAAUUUCCUAAAAGA